CCGCUCCAGGCAGCCCGCGGUCGCGGCGCUGACCACCGGCACCUGCGGGAGGGAGACGAGGCCCCCGGCAGCCAGAAGCCCGCGAGGCCUCGGGCGUGGGGACCGGGCGGGGACGAGCCCUGCGGCGGCGAUGCGCUUCGGGCGGAAGCGCCCGGAGUGCUACGGCCUCGGAGCUGGCGUUUCCGUGGGGGUGAGGGCGACCGUGGGUGCUGUCGCCGAGCACGGACGCGAUCGGGGUGCUGGGGCCACAGCCGCCCGCCGCCGUGUUGUUGCGAAACCCGCUAGGCGUGGUCACCUGACCGUUACCCGCCCCCGCUGAGCCUUUGUUUACCGGGAGCGCAGCCGCGGGCCGUCCCGGGGGAGCCCCCGCCCGGCUUCCUUCUCUGCCCGGCUCUGCUUCUUAAUUUAGUUCCCAGUGUUCCCGCCCCCAGUCCCGGACACCCGAGGCGAAGACCGUUCGGGCGGCUACGAUUGGGCGCCGCCGGCGGGACCCGGCCGCCGAGUUCCGAGUUUUUAUUGGCGGGGGCUGGUGUCUGGGUGGCCCGCGCCGCGCAGUCCCGCCCUCGCUUGAAGGUGUGGAAAUAUAAACAACACAAGUAUUUGCCUGGGGCUUUGUGAAACAAAUGCUAAGAAGACACAUAAAGAAGAUUCCUAGCAGCCAUUUCUCAACAAUUAUAUAGUCAACUGAUGUAACAAUGGUACUAAUAUUGGGACGCAGACUAAACAGAGAGGAUCUUGGGGUGCGUGAUUCCCCAGCAACUAAGCGCAAAGUUUUUGAAAUGGACCCCAAAUCUCUGACAGGUCAUGAGUAUUUUGACUUCUCUUCAGGAUCAUCCCAUGCUGAAAACAUACUCCAAAUAUUUAAUGAGUUCCGAGACAGCCGCUUAUUCACAGAUGUUAUCAUCUGUGUGGAAGGAAAAGAGUUUCCUUGUCAUCGAGCUGUCCUCUCAGCCUGUAGCAGCUACUUUAGAGCCAUGUUCUGUAAUGACCACAGGGAGAGCCGAGAAAUGCUGGUUGAGAUCAAUGGCAUCUUAGCUGAAGCUAUGGAGUGUUUCUUGCAGUAUGUCUACACUGGGAAGGUGAAGAUCACAACAGAGAAUGUCCAGUACCUCUUUGAGACCUCCAGCCUCUUUCAGAUCAGUGUUCUCCGGGAUGCCUGUGCCAAGUUCCUAGAGGAGCAGCUUGAUCCUUGCAAUUGCCUAGGAAUCCAGCGCUUCGCCGACACCCACUCACUCAAAACACUCUUCACAAAGUGCAAGACCUUUGCCUUACAGACUUUUGAGGAUGUGUCCCAGCAUGAAGAGUUUCUUGAGCUUGACAAAGAUGAACUUAUUGAUUAUAUCUGUAGCGAUGAACUUGUUAUUGGUAAAGAGGAGAUGGUGUUUGAGGCCGUCAUGCGCUGGGUCUACCGAGCUGUCGAUCUUCGAAGGCCGCUAUUGCAUGAGCUCCUGACACAUGUCAGGCUCCCUCUCUUGCAUCCCAACUACUUUGUUCAGACAGUUGAGGUGGACCAGUUGAUCCAGAAUUCCCCUGAGUGUUAUCAGUUGCUGCAUGAAGCAAGACGGUACCACAUACUUGGCAAUGAAAUGAUGUCCCCGAGGACUAGGCCACGCAGGUCUACCGGCUAUUCGGAGGUGAUCGUUGUGGUUGGGGGCUGUGAGCGAGUUGGAGGGUUUAAUCUCCCAUACACUGAGUGCUAUGAUCCAGUAACAGGAGAGUGGAAGUCCUUGGCCAAGCUUCCAGAAUUCACCAAGUCAGAGUAUGCCGUCUGUGCACUAAGGAAUGAUAUUCUUGUUUCAGGUGGAAGAAUCAACAGCCGCGAUGUCUGGAUUUAUAACUCACAGCUAAAUAUCUGGAUCAGAGUUGCGUCUCUAAAUAAAGGCAGAUGGCGCCACAAAAUGGCUGUACUCCUUGGUAAAGUUUAUGUUGUCGGAGGCUAUGACGGGCAAAACAGGCUCAGCAGUGUGGAGUGUUAUGACUCCUUCUCAAAUCGCUGGACAGAAGUCGCACCCCUUAAGGAGGCAGUGAGCUCUCCUGCAGUGACUAGCUGUGUAGGGAAGUUGUUUGUGAUUGGCGGAGGACCUGAUGAUAAUACUUGCUCUGAUAAGGUCCAAUCUUACGAUCCAGAAACCAAUUCUUGGCUACUUCGUGCGGCUAUCCCAAUCGCUAAGAGGUGCAUAACAGCUGUGUCCCUGAACAACCUGAUCUAUGUGGCUGGGGGACUGACCAAGGCGGUGUAUUGUUACGACCCCGUGGAAGACUACUGGAUACAUGUGCAAAACACAUUCAGCCGCCAGGAAAACUGUGGUAUGUCUGUGUGUAAUGGUAAGAUCUAUAUCCUGGGUGGAAGACGGGAAAACGGAGAAGCCACAGACACUAUUCUCUGUUAUGAUCCUGCGACAAGCAUCAUCACAGGGGUCGCUGCGAUGCCCAGACCAGUGUCGUAUCACGGCUGUGUAACUAUUCAUAGAUACAACGAGAAAUGCUUUAAACUCUAAACCCAGGGGACCUCACACAAGAAGCCACGUCAGUCCAAGAGGGAAGUUUAAAACUACCAAGUGAGAACACAUCUGUGUGUUGUACACAAAAAGAAAUAAAGAAAUAAUCCUGAUGCCUUUCUGCCCAAAAUAUCACUAUUUCAAGCUGUAAUAAAUCCUUUCCUGUAACUGGGGUGAGGGGGUUAAAAUGAUGGUGGUUAAAGCCUGGCAUAGUAGUGCACGCCUUUAAUCCCAGCACCCAGAAGGCAAAGGCAGGUGGAUUUCUCAGAGUUUGAACCCAGCCUGAUCUGCAUAACAAGUUCUAGGUCAUCAAGGGCUACACAAUAAGACCUUGUCUCAAAAAAAAAAAAAAAAAAUUGGCCUAC